CAUCUGCUGCGUCCUCAUCUUUGCCAUCACCUCCGACCACACGCCUUCGUUCCCGCAAGGUCUCAGGAGAAAGCACAAACAACGCCAGCGUACCCUCUACGUCGUCGUCGCAAUCCACCAAGUCGUCGCAAUCCGCCAAGUCGAAAGGCAAGGGCAAACAGGUUGGAUUUCGGAUGACAAUACCAGGCGACGAGAGCGAGCUCACAGAGCUAUCUGAGUCCGAGGCCGAAACGGUGACUAUGACAGUAUCACCCAGUCCAAGGCGCCUUCGAAGUCAGGGUGAGCGGGCACCGUCUCAGCACCAUAGACAAAGCCGCGAGAGCUGUGAUGAACAAGUGCGGACCACGCCUAAGCGCAAGGUAAAAGAGAAGCUCAGCGACAUGCAAGAGGAGUUGACUGAGGAAGAGGGUGAAGUUGAGGACGAGGACGAAGAGGUGGAUGAGUUGAUGUCGAGUAAAUCCCCGACGCCUCCACCUCCGCCACUGCGCACACCCGUGAGGCAUCGUCUGAGACCUCGACAAGUUCAGACAUACACUCCUCCGAGUGACGGCGACGAUGAGGAGGAAGCAGAGGAGGACCAGGGAGAGGGAGAAGAGGUUGGGUCUGAUGAGGAUGAGGAAGGAGACGGAGAGGAGGAGACGGAGGCAGGAGAUGUAGAGGAAGCAGAGGAGGAAGUCGACGAGAUAGAGGAAGAGGAAGAGGACGAUGAAGAGGACGAUGCCACGCUCGUGGAGCCGCGGAAGCUGCGCAAUGGGAAAAUAGUCGGUGAAGAAGACAUCCCGGAGGACAGUGAAGACGCGGAAGCAGAGUCGGUGGAAGAAAUGUCCAUUGAUGAGGACAUCGACCUGGAAGCCGAAGACACGGAGUCGGAGUCAGAGUCGAACGCGAGCAACGAUAGCGAGUUCGUAGACGAGGCCAUGGAUGUCGAUCUCACCAUCGCAACGGCGAAGAGCCUCGUUCGGCUUCGCCGUGAUGACCUUGUUCGGCUCUGCGAACACAGGGACCUCGACGUCGAAGGAACUAAACCUGAGCUUGCUGAAGCCUUGCUUCUAUGGCGGGACCGUCAGACUGAGGCUUCCUCACCUUCUUCUACCGGAACCGUACGGCCGCCUUCAACUACCAGGCCUCGGGCGAACGGGCGUCGGAAACGGAGCAACGGUGACCGCCAGACGACGCCCGUGCUACUCCGUUCUGAGCAUGUUCACCAGGACGAGCCGCGCACUCCACCCAUGUCGAACUCGGGCCAGAAAGAGGAGGAGCUUGAGCUCGAUCUCGAGGCCAUGGGACUGGAGGACCGUGAGAUACCCCCAGCCAAGUUGACUAAACUUGACAAAAUCGGGAGCGGAGGCUUCAAGGACGUAUUCAUUGGCAAGUUCAAGGGCCGCAAGGUCGCCAUUGCGGAGCUGCGUGAAAAGCUUAGCGAGAUGGAUAUCAAGGAGCUCAAGCUUCUGGGGGGCUUCAACCAUCCCAACAUCGUCCGUUUCCUUGGUGUCAGCAUACCUGAAGACACACGCGUGACGCCUGUCAUGAUCGUCAGCGAGCUGUGCGCCAACGGUGACCUCUUUGAUUAUGUCCGGAAUGUACCACCGCCUUCGCUCUAUCGCAUCUUGAGCAUCAUGCUGGACAUCGCGCGAGGGCUCGAGUACCUGCAUUUGCGGAAGCCGUCGGUCAUACACAGAGACUGCAAAUCGUCGAAUAUCCUGAUCACGUCCAAAGGUAUCGCGAAGAUUGCGGACUUUGGGCUCGCGAAGGUGAAGCAGUCGACACGAUCGAUGGUCCGUAGCCUAGUGGGCACGGUCAACUGGCAGGCGCCGGAGCUGUGGCACGCUCAUCCAAAGUACAAUCACAAAGUCGACGUGUACGCGUGCGGGAUGGUGUUUUGGGAGAUGCUGCAGUGGCAUCUGCCGAAUAAGAAGUUCCCUUGGGAGGGUAUGAAUGAACAUGCCAUCUACGAGGCGGUGGGUGCAAAACAUCAACGGCCUUCCCUCGCAGGGCUGCGCAAACAAUAUUGCCCCGAAAUUGUGCAACUCGUAGAGCACAUGUGGGCGCAAGACCAUCAAGACCGACCCACGAUGUCGGAAGUGGUCGAACGGCUUGAAGAGCUAGUCCAAGAAUAUCGGUGACGGCAUGCUCUGCUCAAUUUUCUUUCUGUGGUCCGUAUUUUUGGUCCCUCGCACACUACAACCACGCAUAAAAUAUUGGUCCAUCUUACCGCUCACUCACCCCAUAUUACCCCGUCAUAGUGUCCACUUGUUUUCAUUUUCAUUUCAUCAUCGUUCAUCAUUUAGUCUAGAGUCAGGGAUCGGCGUCGUCUUUUUGUCCUUGCCUAGUCGUCUGGGUCGCGGGUUUCUAUCCACGUUUUCUCCCCUCAUCCGUUUUUCUCCUUUUGUACGAUCAUCGAUCCUGCGGACGUGUCUCCUACAUUUAGCAUCCAUUGUAUUCUACUCCCCAAUUCCAGUGCAUCUUGUUUGAGCAUCU